AUGUCGUCCUCGCCGGCGAAGACGACAUCCGCGAAGGACAGCCCAGGCGGUUGCCAGAAACAUGAAUGGCUCUUCAUCAACAGCACCUCGAAUGCAGAGAGGCUGGCGCAGAAGAGGAAAAUCCGCGCACAGGCAGCUCGAGCAAGUUCGAACGCCCGCGUCGAGACCAUUCGCAGGCGCGCGGAAGAUUCACAGAGUUGUCGGCAGCCUGGCCGCUGCGGGCUUCCACUCCGCCUGACCGCCGAGCCCGAACAAAAGGAGGAACCCCUACCCCGGAAUGCAGUCGAGCAGCACCAGAGCCUGUUCACAAAAUAUCGAGACCGGGAGACUUCUGUCACGCUACAUUCGCACACGCUUCUCGGUGGCUCCAUCCCACUAGGACAAGCCAACGCCGCAACACUGGCAAAGUUCCUCCACCGCUUCAACGUUGGCACGUCCGUAGAACGCCCAUGGGUCGAGCUAGUUCUCGCUGAAGCCACUUCCUCGACGACUCGCACUCUCACAUCCACGGCGUUGAUGGCCAAUGCCAGCGCCCUUUGUGCCAACGACCUGCAAGCACCUGACAUGCGCAGACAUGCCACUAAACUGUACUUGUCCACCCUCGGACAGUUACAGUCGUCCUUGAAGAGUCCAAACUGGCGGGAUUCCAUGGUCAUGUACACUUGUAUGAUCCUGACUCUGUACGAGUGCAUCGAAUCCAAUCUUCCUUCUGCCCGCCUUGCCCACGUAAAGGGCGUUGCGUAUCUCAUUCAGCAAAAAGGACCUCUGAGCUUUAAAAGCGGCCUCGAGCACAAGACUUUCCGAUACUUCAGGAUCAAUAUUCUCCUGGCGUGUCUCAGCGAUCGUCAGUCCUGCUUCCUGGCCGAAGAAGGAUGGAAGACCAUCCCUUUCUCAGGUGACUGUCCGCCCAAGACCCUUUUAGAUCUUCUCCUCGAUAUCUUAGUAGAGAUCCCAGGAGUAUUGGCCGCUGGUGAAGCCAUGAGAAAUGGCGAUCUUAGCCGAUACGCUCUGAUCCAAAAGGCUUUCGAGCUGACACUCUGGGUGAGACGGUUGACCUAUAACCUAGAGAGGUGGAAAGAGGAAGACAUAUGGACCUAUCCAACGAUGUGCACAGCACGCAACUUGAAGAGCCUGGAUCUCAUCACACUAUGCGAACUCGGCACCGGCCUAUCUCCAUACGACGUAAAACUCGCCGAGGCCCUCAACCUCUACGUCGCCGCACAUCUGAUCCUCGCUCGCAUCGCCCAGCGCCUAGCCGAGCGAAGUUUCGUUUUCAGAUCCGCCUUACAUCCGCCUUACGCACUCCGCGAUCUGGUCGCUGCCAUUGUGCUGGUUUCUGAGAGACAUGUUGCUGCCAAUAUCACCGAUAUGGUGAGCAUGGUCGUCACGACGUUUCCUUUGAAGGUGGCUCAGAUGACGACUGAGCUGCAGGAGCCGGAACUCCUAGAGAAUGUGCGGGUGUUGUUGGAUUUGGUGAAUGGUCAUUUUGCGAAGAGGUAUAAUAUUAAUUAUGCCGUGGCGAGGGAGGGCGGGGCUUAUGGUGUGUAG